CCGGCCGUCACGUGUGCGCUGAAUUGACACAAUGUGUCGCUAUUCGGCUGCUUGGCCAAUCGGCAUCGAGAGUUGACUGACUGGCCGAUGACGAGCAGCCUUUCUCCCAGCAUGCCCCGCGCACUGACAUGGAGACCGGCUCUGGGAGCUGCUGCCGUAGUGGAGCGCUAACCCCUGGGUUAUAACCGUCAGGGCAUCAGAUGUUGCCUCGUCAUCUGCAGACAGUGGGUGGCAGGUGUAUCGCCCGUGCCAGUCAUUCACGACCCUUGUUCAUGAGUGGAAGUUUUUUUAGCUCCCCAUGGUGGACAGGACACCAGCAGCCGUCGUCUUACUUCCCUGUGAACAGCUGGCAUCCUCAGGACAACUCGGGACCCCAUUGUUAUUUCGCCCCGCCUAGACCUGCGCUGCCGGGCAGCCAUCCAUUUCCUUGGUUCCCCACUCAGUCAUCCUGGCUUCACCUAUCUCAUUUCAAUAUGGAUGGAAAAGGAGACGAAUCCUUUAGAAAACGAAAGAAAGGCAUGGAGGAUGAGGAGUACAGAAGUCAGCCGUGGACAAAAAGACCCUACCCUCCAGCAAGUGACCUGCGGGUCCCACCCAUUCAUGGCACACCAGAGGCGUUUGUCCCUGUGAGUCCUCAAAAGGAACCUAAAGCCGCAGAAGUAAAGAGAAGAUGGGAGGACUUCAGCCACCAUUACCACGAGAGGUCUAGUGAAAAGAAGUUUGACUUCACGGUGAUGUCUUAUAACAUCCUAUCCCAAGACCUGUUGGAAGACAACUCUAGUCUGUACAGUCAUUGCCGGCGGCCACACUUAUUCUGGAACUACCGGCUGCCAAACAUCCUGCAGGAGCUACAAGAAAUGAAUGCUGAUAUUCUUUGUUUACAAGAAGUUCAAGAAGAUCACUAUCAAGAACAGAUCAAGCCCAGUUUGGAAGCCCUCGGAUACAUCUGUGAGUUCAAGUCCCGCACUGGAAGUAAACCUGAUGGUUGCGCCAUUUGCUUCAAAUCUGAUAAAUUCGAAUUGAGGCUGGUGAAACCGGUGGAAUAUUUCCGACAAAACAUCGCCCUCCUAGACCGAGACAACGUCGGCUUGGUGCUGAUGUUACAGCCUAAAACCAAGGGAAGAGAAGCUCCGAUGGUCUGUGUGGCAAACACUCACCUCCUGUACAACCCCAGGAGAGGAGACAUCAAGCUCACCCAGCUGGCCAUUCUCCUGGCGGAGAUAACGGAGGUCGCACAAAUACAUGAUGGGAGGUUCUACCCCAUAGUCCUAUGCGGUGAUUUCAACUCCGUGCCUGGCUCACCACUUCAUCGCUUUAUCAAGGAAGGGGCGCUUCACUAUGCGGGAAUGACCAUCGGGAAGGUAUCAGGACAAGAGAUGUACACCAGAGGACAAAGGAUAUUAUCUAUUCCAAUAUGGCCGAGAAGUCUGGGCAUUACCCAGAAAUGUGUGUAUGACUCUCCGGAAAAGCAUCAGGAGGAGCCAGAGAGGAGUGUGGAAGAACAAACCAUGGAGAUGAGGGCUGAGCAGAUCAAGGCACCUGAUCAAAGGGUGGAAUCCCGGUUGCAACACCACUUCAGCCUGUCGUCUGUAUACUCCCAUUAUUUCCCUGACACCGGAUUGCCUGAGAUCACAACCUGUCACUCCAAGUCCGCCAUCACUGUGGAUUACAUCUUCUACUCUGCCUCAAACAAUGACCUCUUCAGGCAGCCAGGCUCUGAUGUCUCAUGUAAUGGGCUGCAGCUCCUUGGACGGUUGUCACUUCUCACAGAGCAGGAUCUGUGGAGCGUUAAUGGCCUUCCUAAUGAGACCAACUCUUCAGAUCACCUCUCAUUAAUGGCCAAGUUCCGACUGGAGUUAUGACCCCAUCAUCCAGUCUUAGGUGCCUUUUUUUUUUUUUCUUCUGGACAGGGCAUUUUAUUUAUUUCUGGUUUUAUAAUUAUGUUUUAUUGAUUUGCUUUCAUUGAUUUAAAAUAAUGAAAGUUAAUUGUUUU